AUGGGCAAGGAUUUUGAUGCUGUUGGAUUCGUCAAGGACUUCGCUGCCGGAGGUAUCUCCGCAGCCGUCUCAAAGACUGCCGUCGCACCCAUCGAGCGUGUGAAGCUGCUUCUCCAGGUGCAGCACAUCUCGAAACAAAUCACACCCGAUCAGCAGUACAAGGGUAUGGUUGAUUGCUUUAUCCGCAUUCCAAAGGAACAGGGUUUUGCUUCAUACUGGCGCGGUAACAUGGCCAACGUUAUUAGAUAUUUCCCAACUCAGGCUCUGAACUUUGCCUUCAAGGACAAGUACAAGCAGGUCUUCUUGGGCGGUGUUGACAAGAACACCCAGUUCUGGCGUUACUUCAUGGGUAACUUGGCCUCCGGCGGUGCUGCUGGUGCCACUUCCCUGUGCUUCGUCUACCCCUUGGACUUUGCUCGUACUCGUUUGGCUGCUGAUACCGGCAAGGGCGGUGCCCGUGAAUUCACCGGUCUGGGCAACUGCCUGACGAAGAUCUUCAAGAGUGACGGCAUUGUCGGUCUUUAUCGCGGCUUCGGUGUCUCGGUGCAGGGUAUUAUCAUCUAUCGUGCUGCAUACUUUGGCUUCUACGAUACCGCACGUGGCAUGCUGCCCGAUCCCAAGAACACACCCAUCUACAUCUCGUGGGCCAUCGCUCAGGUGGUGACAACCGUUGCCGGUAUUGUGUCCUAUCCAUUCGAUACUGUCCGUCGUCGCAUGAUGAUGCAGUCUGGCCGUAAAUCCACGGAGAUCAUCUACAAGAACACCCUGCACUGCUGGGCAACCAUUGCCAAGCAGGAGGGAUCCGGUGCAUUCUUCAAGGGUGCAUUCUCCAACGUACUCCGCGGUACUGGCGGUGCUUUUGUCCUUGUCUUGUACGAUGAAAUCAAGAAGGUCUUGUAAAUUACACAACAAAAAAUAAAUUAAAUUAUUCCAACAACAACAACAACAAAACAACAACAACAACAACAACACUACCAGCUAAUUAUAUUACAACAACUUAAAGAUGAAGCAAAUUAAUCCCAAAAAUAUAAUUAUGAAAUUAUAUUUAUAUAAUAUAAAUAACUGGAAUAUAAUUUAAUUGCACUUAAUGAUGGCCAGACAACAACAACAAUCACAAAAGGAGCAGCAAUAGGAAUUUUUGAAGGAGCGAGGAUUUAACGAACGAAAACAUAUAGACAUAUAUAGACAUUAAUUAAUACAUUAGUUAAUAUUAUUGUCAAGUUCAACUUUCCCCAACUCCCUUCAAAUUUUUCCCCCCAACUUCUUCUUUUGGCGACACACAAAAAAAUCCGUAAACCGAAUGUUAAUGAGAGAAAUUCAAUUACAACCACAACACACAGAAUUUCGCUCAGUGCAGCCAAUGCAAACAACAACAAACAAACAAACAAAAAAUCAACUGCGGUUGGUUUAAAAAUAUAUAAAAAUUGAUAAAAA